AUGGCCGCCGGCGACGAAUUGCUGGGGCCUCAGAGGUCUCACAGGGCUCGCAAAUCAGGUCCUACCAUGAGGAAGAAAACUGAAAAAGACAAGAAGAAGCGUGGCGUCACCGAUACCAAGCAGAGAAACCCUAGAGCGUUUUCUUUCAAGUCGGCUGUGAAGAUGAACAAGUUGAAGAUUCGCUCUGCGGAGAAGGAACAAAAGCGAAUUCAUCUUCCGAACAUGGAUCGUACUUACGGCGAACCUCCUCCUUUCGUCGUCGUGGUUCAGGGCCCACCAGGGGUCGGAAAGUCUCUCGUGAUUAAGUCACUUGUAAAGCACUAUACGCGCCAGAAUGUACCUGAGGUUCGAGGACCUAUUACCAUUGUACACGGUAAACAUAAACGGAUUCAGUUUGUGGAGUGCCCAAAUGAUAUCAAUGGGAUGGUGGAUUGUGCAAAGGUUGCUGAUCUAGCUCUUCUUCUCAUAGACGGCAGUUAUGGUUUUGAGAUGGAAACCUUUGAAUUCCUGAAUAUUAUGCAAGUGCAUGGAUUUCCUAGAGUUAUGGGAGUCCUCACUCACCUUGAUAAGUUCAAGGAUGUAAAGAAGCUGAGGAAAACAAAACAACGUCUCAAGCAUCGGUUUUGGACCGAAAUAUAUAACGGAGCUAAAUUGUUCUAUUUAUCUGGUCUCAUUCAUGGCAAGUAUACGACACGUGAAGUUCACAACCUCGCCCGCUUUGUAUCUGUCAUCAAGCCACAACCAUUGACAUGGCGGACAUCGCAUCCUUAUGUGUUGGCUGAUCGUCUGGAGGAUGUUACCCCUCCCGAGAGAGUUCAGUUGGAUAAAAAAUGCAAUAGAAAUAUCACACUGUACGGUUACCUACGUGGUUGUAACUUGAAAAAAGGGAUGAAGGUCCAUAUUGCUGGAGUUGGUGACUUCGGCUUAGCUGGGGUCACUGCCUUACCUGAUCCUUGCCCCUUACCCUCAGCUGCCAAGAAGAAGGGGCUGAGAGAUAAGGAAAAACUUUUCUACGCUCCUAUGUCCGGGAUUGGAGAUCUUUUGUAUGACAAAGAUGCUGUUUACAUCGACCUGAAUGAUCACCUUGUUCAGUACUCUAAAACUGAUGAUGGAAACGGAGAACCUACUAAUAAAGGAAAGGGCAGGGAUGUUGGUGAAGAUUUGGUUAAGUCGUUGCAGAACACAAAAUAUUCUGUAGAUGAGAAAUUAGAGAAAACUUUCAUCAAUUUCUUUGGCAAAAAGGCUAGUGCCAGCUCAGACAGAAAACUUGAGGCUGAAGAUGUGAAUCAAUCUUUGCCGGAAGAUGAGUCAUCAGAGGAGUCUCAAUCUGGUGAUGAGUCAUCAGAGGAGUCUCAAUCUGGUGAUGAUGAAAUUGAUGGAAACAGCAGUGACAGUAAAAUGAUGAGGAAGACUAAGAAGAUCCAUGGUGGAAGGAUGAGGAGAAAAGCUAUCUUCAAUGAUGAUGUUGAUGAGAGUGACUCAAAGGACUCAGACGAAGAUGAUGUUGAGGAAGCAGAAGAUGUUGAAUCUGAAGAUGGCGAAGAUGACUCUCCUUCAGAUUUGCAGGACUCAGAUGGAGAUGAUUUUGAUGAAGCAGAUGAUAGAGGCCUUGGUAACAUAUCAAAAUGGAAAGAACCCUUGAAGGAGAAGGGCAGAAAGAAGAACCCCAACUUGAAGCAACUUGUGUAUGGUGCAUCGGGAUCAUCAGCUACUGCCGUGGUAGAUGAGAACCAUGAAAGUAGUGAUGAUGAUGAAGGGGAUGGUGAAGACUUCUUUAUGCCAAAAGGAGAACAAAGCAAGAACUUAGGUGGUGGAUCGGAUGUGGGAUAUGCCAACUCAGAGGAUUGUUCCAAAUUUGUGAAUUAUGGAAAACUGAAGGAUUGGAAAGAGAAAAAAGUUUGUGAGAGCAUUCGUAAUCGAUUUACCACUGGUAAUUGGGACGAAGCUGGUCUGAGGAAUAAAAAAUUAGGUCCUGGCGAUAAGGGAGAAAAUGAUGAACUAUAUGGUGAUUUCGAGGAUCUGGAGACUGGAGAGAUGCAUAAUAGCCAUGAGAACAUGGAGUUGGAUGAAAAUCAAAACGAAGAUGUUGAAGAUGCUGAGCGCAGCAAUAAAUCCGAGUGUGAGGAGGAUGACAAUGAUGAAGGUGAUGGGAACAGUCUCCGUAUUAGUCAAGCCAAGGAACCAGGAUUUGUUGACAUAUUGAAGGAGGAGCUUGAACUAAGAAAACAGAUGAAUUUGCUAGAACUCAACAAUCUUGACGAGGAUGCUCGAAUUGAGAUAGAAGGAUUCCGGACUGGAACAUACGUGCGGCUGGAGAUUCACAAUGUUCCUUAUGAGAUGGUUGAUUUCUUUGAUCCAUGUCAUCCAAUUGUUGUUGGAGGUAUUGGUUUCGGCGAGGAUAGUCCUGGAUAUAUGCAGGCCCGGUUGAAGAGACAUAGGUGGCACAAGAAAGUACUAAAGACUAGAGAUCCCAUUAUUGUGUCUAUUGGAUGGAGACGCUAUCAGACUCUUCCUGUAUACGCCAUUGAAGAUCGCAAUGGCAGACAUCGAAUGCUCAAGUAUACUCCGGAACACAUGCAUUGCCUUGCAAUGUUUUACGGUCCUCUUGUUCCACCCAACACAGGCUUUGUCGCAUUCCAAAACCUGUCGAGCAAUCAGGCAGGAUUUAGGAUAACAGCGACUUCUGUAGUUGUUGAGUUUAAUCAUCAAACCCGUAUUCAGAAGAAAAUCAAGAUGGUCGGGCACCCCUGCAAGAUCAAGAAGAAGACUGCAUUUAUAAAGGACAUGUUCACUUCUGACCUUGAAAUAGCUAAAUUUGAAGGAUCAGCUGUCCGGACAGUCAGUGGCAUUAGAGGACAAGUGAAAAAGGCGGGGAAAAACAUGCUCGAGAACAGUGCCCAAGGAGGAGGGAUUGUGAGGUGUACCUUUGAAGAUCAAAUAAGAAUGAGCGACAUAGUCUUCUUAAGGGCUUGGACCCAAGUGGAAGUUCCACAGUUUUUCAAUCCUCUAACUACAGCGUUGCAGCCCCGCGAUAAGAUCUGGAAAGGGAUGAAAACUGUUGGAGAACUCCGCAGAGAGCAAAGUAUUGCUAUUCCGGUGAAUAAGGAUUCACUCUACAAGCCAAUCGAAAGGAGGCUAAAAAAGUUCAGCAAAUUGGUGAUAUCAAAGAAACUACAAGGAGCUUUACCGUUUAGUUCGAAACCCAAAGAUGUACCAGGGAGAAAGAAACCAACACUGGAGAGUAGAAGAGCUGUUGUCAUGGAACCGGACGAACGAAAAGCUCAUGCUAUCAUCCAGCAUUAUAAGCUGAUGAACAAGCACAAGAUGAAGAAGAGAAAAGAUAAGGAGCAGGAGAAGAGGAAAGUGUACGAAGCAGAGAAAGCUAAGAGUGACGAAAUAGCUAAGAAACGGAACAGAGAAGAGAGACGUGAUAGAUAUCGCACGGAGGAUAAACAGAAGAAGAAGAUGAGAAGAAACGAAGAUUAG